AUAACCCCUCUUUACCUCCGCUCCCCUUCACACACAAACAAAAGAAAAAACGACCCUUUUUUUUCUCCUCUUCACUCCAUGCAAACAAUUUCUUUUGUUGGGAGAGUGAUGGAGAUCCUAUCUCUCUUCAUUUUCCUCCCCCUCCUUCUGCCCUCAGCAUCGGCAACGACGUUCACACUCUACAAUAAGUGUCCCCACACAGUGUGGCCUGGCAUACAGCCUGGUGCAGGCAAGCCCAUCCUCGCACGUGGCGGCUUCCGCCUCCUCCCCAAGCAAGCCUACACCCUGCACGCGCCAGCAGCAUGGUCGGGCCGCAUCUGGGGCCGCCAGGACUGCGCCUUCGACGCAUCCGGCCGCGGCCACUGUGCCACAGGCGACUGUGGUGGGGCCCUCUACUGCAACGGCCUAGGUGGUACCCCACCUGCCACGCUGGCUGAGAUCACACUGGGCCCACAAGAUUUCUACGACGUGAGCCUAGUGGACGGCUACAAUCUGGCCAUAUCGGUGAUGCCGUAUAGGGGGAAGGGAAAGUGCAGCUCGGCGGGUUGUGUGAGCGAUCUGAAUAUGAUGUGUCCGGUGGGCCUUCAGGUGCGGUCGGGAAAAGAUAAUAGGGUGGUCGCGUGUAAGAGCGCGUGCUUCGCGUUUAACUCCCCCAAGUAUUGCUGUACCGGGAUCUACGGGAAUCCGCAGUCCUGCAAGCCCACGGCGUAUUCCAGGAUAUUCAAGACGGCCUGUCCUAGGGCGUAUUCUUAUGCGUAUGAUGAUCCUACUAGUAUUGUGACAUGUAGUGGUGGUAGCUAUUUCAUUACCUUCUGCCCACACCGCUAGACGUCCUUUUUUCUCUUUUUAUCUUUAUUUAUCUUUUUCUUUUGUCGUUGGUUUGCUUUCUGUGGUUGUGUUGCUGUUUUGGUGGUACUAAGGAGUAUAGAAAUUAUAUAUGGUUUUUGUUUUA